AAAUACCAAUUACAAUCACUUAUUUCAAUUUUGAUUGAUCAGGACAAGAAUAAGUGAUAAGUGAAUAAUAAUAAUAAUAAUAACAAUAACAAAUGCACGGAAUUUACCGGAUUCUGCAACGUCGCCGCAACCCUCUAAGGGCUGCAAUAUUUCAACAAUUCCAUGGAAAUGGAAUUUUUAACUUGAACAAGAUAUCUUCUGGCUAUGGAUGGGUCACAUCCUCUCCACCACCUAUGCAACAGAAAGGAUUGGAGAAUGUUACAGUUUCAGAGGUAUUAAUGACAAAGGGGGAAGAAAAAGUGGGUUCCUGGCUUUGGUGCAGAGUCGAUGAUGCUGUUAUUAAUGCAAUGAAGAAUAUGGCUGAAAAUGAUAUUGGAUCAUUGGUGGUACUUAAGCCAGGGGGCCAACACAUAGCAGGCAUUGUCACAGAAAGAGAUUGCUUGAAGAAAAUAGUUUCACAAGGAAGAUCACCUUUAUACACACAAGUUGGUCAAAUAAUGACUAAUGAGAAUGAUCUGGUAACUGUGACAUCUGACACAAACAUUCUAAGAGCAAUGAGACUUAUGUUAGAGAAUCGCAUUCGACAUGUUCCAGUUAUAGAUGGGAAAAUAGUUGGCAUGAUUUCAAUAGUAGAUGUGGUGAGAGCAGUGACGGAGCAGCAAAGUGGAGAAUUGAAACGACUCGGUGAUUACAUUCGAGGUGAAUACUAUUAAGUUAGCAAAAGGAUUCAACCAUAUGUACAGAUUUGAUGAUAUGAAAUUGAUGUUGUAUAAAAAGAAAAGAAUCAUAUAAGAAAUUGUAUAAAAAGGUAUGUGUUUGUGUCAUCUGUCAAGAGAGAGGAUCAAUGUGUUUUGUGACCAAUGACCAUGUGAGCGAGAGUAACGUGCAAUCACACAAGCAAACUGCCUUCCCUUCCAA